AUGUGUCACGGUCACCCUCGCUUGCACCCUUGCUCGCAUACUUCGAUCAACUGGCACUACUGCCCCUCGGCCCUGAUCGACCUUGAAACAGGUGUAGAGACUCCAUGCUCACAUUUGAGCUAUGCAACCGCCCAGCCCAGCAAUGUCGACUGUCCUCUGAUCAACUGCCAAUUCAAGGCGAUGGGUGGCACCUGGACCUGCUGUCAGUGCAGUCAAGGUCCCAAUACCCAAGGCUGGUGCACAAUGCCAAAAGCCACAUCGGGUUAUGGCAUCGGCGCCACUGUUGAUGAGUCUGAGACUUGCGAUCAUGGAUGUUGUGCGGAAUGUGCACGUUACCUCCCAACCCGAACAACUAGCCCGGAUUUGACGUUCAGUGAGCUCCGUCAGGGGACUGCCAGCCGCAAAUUUGGCUACGGCUCUUCUAGCCGUUCUCAUCGCCGAGGUUCGGCCCUAUCCAAGAUCAAUGGAUUUCCCCCUGUAGACGAAAACGAAGAGACUAUUUCACCAUCCACAUCAGGCUCAUCUUCAAGAAGCAACAACUCGUACAAAUCAUCUGCCCCCAGUAACACGUCUUAUGAAUCUUUAACUUCAGCAAGCCGGGGCGCGGCUUACAGGGUUGAGCUGGAGUACAGCUCUAAGCGCCAUAAGUCAUCCUCUGGAAAGUCAAGCAAGAAGAGCCAAAAGUCUGUGAGGGCCCGCUAAGGUAGUCUUCCGGAGAUGAGUUGAAUGAGUAGCUUUGAGGAAACGGCCUUGGCUUGAAAAAGAAAACAAGUUGUUGAUCAUCGCGUGUGGGGGUUCUCGAUUGAAUUGAAGAGCCUAAUGACAUCCUAAUCUUGUAUAUUGUUAAGUUACUUACGAUGACAAUGUUGGGAAAGAUAACUGCUCACGUAUUCGCCAUCAGCAGAAGUUGGUUCAAGAUACCUCAUGUUGUACUUGCCCGCAGCGACAGAGGAGAAAACAAGGCGUAAUUUUCCACUUCCGAGAAUUCAGAAACCAAAUCCUUUAGUGCAUCAAAUCAAAUCUGAAGUCAAUUGGUUCCAUCCAUCAAACUCACUUGCCAUAGCUUGCAUCGAAGUUUGAGAUGAGGGGAGAGUUGGGAGC